AUGUUAUCAGAGAAACAUAGUACCUGCAUCAGACAACAAUUAUUAAAAAAGUGUUUUACAAGCGCCAAGAUGAAAGGUAAACUUAUUUUUUAUUUAAAAAAAGGUCCAAUUGCGAUUUGCAAGCAAAGUAUAGAAUCUCUAACUUAUAGAAAAUAAAAAUAUAGAACAAGAAAUGUCUACAGAAAAUUGUUUUACAAAUUAUACGUUAUAGAAAACAUAAUGCUACGAAAGUUUUGUAUAUUCUCUUCUGUUGCGUUCAUACCAUGCAAUUACUUAAAAAUGCAUAAGUAUUUGUAGUUUAUUUAUAAUUAUUUAAAAAAAAAUAAGAAUUCACUUCACAAGACUUGUUAUUAUGGAUAUUCUUCAUUGAAUGUAAUAUAUUAAUUAGUUGCAGAUGAAAUAGUACUUAAUUUCUAAUAAUUUCUAACUUUCUUUUUCUUUUUACCUAUCCUGAAGAUAAUAUUAACCGUGAUUCAUUAUAUUAUUUAUAAAAUAAAAUAUUAAAAUCCUUAGUCGAUUAGUUUGCCCCUGGUUGAUAAGUUUUCCACUUGAUUUUAAAUUAACAAUCAUUUGAAUCAAAGUACAAAGCUCUUUACAAAAACGCACUAUCUUUUUAUGAUAAAACAAUCAAUUAUAUUAUAUUCGUUCAGUUUUAAGCUUUAAAUAUUACUGAAAAGCACUCACUGAAUAAUUCAUCGUGAAAUCAGUCAUUCCAUAUGCAGCAACCUGGUAAUAAGUUAAAGAAUGCAACAUUAAACAACAUUAUUUAAUCAUUCUUUCAGUAUCGUGUACGGUAGCUAUUGCUACGAUCACUCUGGCUUUCGUUUCUGCCAUCCCACCACCUAAGUGUCCGCCUGAUGGAAUUGAUGUCACCUUACUUCCGAACCUAGAUGACUGUUCAAGUUUUUAUAUCUGCAGUGGAGGCAUAGCAUUCUUAAUGAAAUGCUACAACGGACUUCUCUUUAAUCCCGAAUUACGAGUUUGCGAUUGGCCAGAAAAUGUACAUUGCGCUAACAGUUCAGCACCUACAAGUUCGUCAGCACCUCCAAGUUCAUCUAGCAUACCAAGCUCUUCGGAACUUCCAAGUUCCUCUAGCGCGCCAAGCUCUCCAGAACCUCCAAGUUCCUCUAGCGCGCCAAGCUCUCCAGAACCUCCAAGUUCCUCUAGUGCACCAAGCUCUCCACAACCUCCAAGUUCCUCUAGCGCCCCAAGCUCCUCAGAACCUCCAAGUUCCUCUAGCGCACCAAGCUCCUCAGAAUCUCCAAGUUCCUCUAGUGCACCAAGCUCCUCAGAACCUCCAAGUUCAUCUAGUGCACCA